AAGAAAAGAGUCGGGGAGAUAUGAUGUCCUCAUAUCUGCAACCACAGCCUUUCGUCAAUGGAAGUCUCCUAUUUUCCUCUUCUAACCUUCAAUUUCCUCAUCGCUCUCCCACCAUCUUCAGGUGGAGAUCUGGAAGAGACCAAGGUUCAAAUCUAGUUACCAGUAGAACCAAGGGCCAAGCAUUUCAAAUCUUGGCCAAUCCUAAUGUAUCUUCAGGUAAAGGAGAUCCGGGUAAUGAAGUCAUCAUGGUUGACCCUUUGGAAGCAAAACGGUUAGCUGCCAAACAAAUGGAACAAAUUAAGGCUAACGGGAAAAUAAAGAGAAGACGCCAAAUCGAAGCAAUUAAUGGGGCAUGGGCAAUGAUUGGUCUCACAGCAGGCUUAGUUAUUGAAGGACAAACAGGCAAAAGUAUUCUUGAGCAGCUGGUGGGGUAUUUAUUGGUGAUCAUCCACGUUUUCGUGCGAUAGCCUUGUGGGCUCUUUGGAAAAUUUGGGAGGAGUUGGGGUCGAUAUUGAAAUUAUUUUUUUUAACUUCAAACAUGUGAGGAUUAUCAAACAGUUCUUUCAUCAUGUUGACUUUGUAAUUUUUUUUAUUUGUAUGUCACCAGGUUUCCACGAAUCUGUUUAUAACAAAUGUAAUCAUUCUUUAUAGCAAAUGGCAUCAUUAUUUC